AUGACUUUUGACUUUGAAGAAAGACAGGGUGACUUGAUUGAUUCAAUUCAACCUACAGACAGCAUUGUCUUGGGUAUUACAGAAGACAUGAAGCUACUGAACAAAGAGUUACGUUCCAGGAUAGGUCAGCCUCAGUUACCCAAGAGGAAAGUGGGAGAGGUAGCUGUCCACCAGCAUCAAAAGCGAUACAUUUUUUAUCUCAUCACGCGACCUAAGCCGUACAACAAGCCAAAUUAUAAUCAACUAGAGUCUUGUCUGAUUGAAUUGAGAAAGGCAUGUGAAACCUAUGGUGUUACUAGCUUAGCUCUGCUUCGUGAUUUAGAUGAAGGGUUACAAGAUAAAUAUGUCAAGCAACUGCUUUUUGAUGUAUUUCAAGGCUGGCCAGGUAAAAUGGUCAUGUAUGGAGAUUGA